AUGUCGCUGAGACGUCCAGCUCUGCACGUACUCAAUGGACUCGCGCGGACCUCCCGUCGGGACUUGUCGACCACUCCCGCUAGAGCCGUCGACUUUACCCAUGUCGUCAUUGGCGGCGGCGCCGUCGGCCUCGCGGUAGCCCGCACCCUCGCCAACCGCCAGGGCACGUCCACCGUCCUGCUAGAGCGCCACGGCGCCGUCGGGACAGAGACGUCGUCGCGCAACAGCGAGGUCAUCCACGCGGGCAUCUACUACGGCGCGGGCACCCUCAAGACGCGCCUCUGCGUGCGCGGGAAGCACCUCCUGUAUGAUUUCUGCGAGAAGCAUCACGUGGGGCACGCCAACACGGGGAAAUGGAUCGUUGCGCAGAAUGAUGCGCAGCGGGCGGCGCUGCAGCGCGUGCAUGAUUUCUGUAAGGAUACGAUUGACGUCCCCGUGCGGUGGGUCGGCGAGGCGGAGGCGAGGCGGUUGGAGCCGGAGGUGAGGGCCGCCGCCGGCGUGCUGGAGAGUCCUACGACGGGCAUUGUGGAUUCGCACGGGCUCAUGGUCGCCUUGACGGGGCUGUUUGAGGACGCGGGCGGGGUGGUGGCGCUGAGUUCUGCCGUGGUGGGCGUCCGGCCCCUCGGGCAAGGGGGGAGCGCCGGGUGGGAGGUGACGGUGCGGGAUCCGGCUACGGGGGAGGAGAGCAGCGUCACGGCCGAGGUGCUGGUCAACGCGGCGGGCUUGGGCGCGGUGGAUGUCCACAACAUGAUUGUGCCCGCCUCGCAACGGAAAGACAUGUUCUACGCAAAGGGCAAUUACUUUUCCUACUCUGGUGGUGGUAGUGGUGCUGCUGCGGCGCCCAAAGUCCGCCGAUUGAUUUACCCGGCUCCCGAACCCGGCGCCGGCGGUCUGGGAACGCACCUGACGCUCGACCUCGCGGGCCGCCUGCGCUUCGGGCCGGACGUGGAGUGGGUCGAUUCCCCCAAUGACCUGGCCGUCAACGGCGCGCGGCUCCCGGACGCCGUCGAGGCCAUCAAGAAGUACCUGCCCGACAUCGACGCCAGUGCCCUGGUGCCGGAUUACGCGGGGAUACGGCCCAAGUUGGGAAGGAAACAGGCCGUGGCCGAGGGCAGCGGGUUCCACGAUUUUAUUGUCCGCAAGGAGGAAGGGUACGAGGGAUGGGUGAACUUGCUGGGCAUCGAGAGCCCCGGACUCACGAGCUGUUUGGCGAUUGCGGAACGGGUCGACGAGAUUGUGUACGGGUGA